AUGUACAAGAAUGCACCCUCCCCACCGCCUCCUGUCAAUGGCGCCAACACUCCGCCCACUUCCGUGAGCUCGAGUGGCCAGGAGCGGAAACCCAACAUUCUUUUUAUCCUUGCCGAUCAAAUCGCAGCGCCCUUGCUGCGCGUACACGAUAAGGAGAGUCGGAUUAAGACUCCGCAUAUUGACGCGUUGGCAGAGAAGUCCGCCGUCUUCACCUCGGCCUAUUGUCCUUCUCCUCUCUGUGCUCCCUCCCGAGCAUCACUGGUCACCGGCCAGCUCCCAACUAGAAUCAAUGCAUUCGACAACGCUUCGGCACUGAGCGUCGAGGAACCUACAUAUGCACACUACCUGCGAGGCAAUGGCUACCACACGGUGCUGGCCGGGAAGAUGCAUUUCGUUGGCGACCAGCUACAUGGAUAUGAGGAGCGAUUGACGAGUGAUAUCUAUCCGGGGGAUUUUGGUUGGUAUCCCGACAGACGACUCGAAUGGUAUCACAAUUCGUCCUCCAUCCUCCAAGCGGGCCCCUGCAUCCGCUCCAAUCAACUUGAUUUUGACGAAGAAGUCAUGUACAAGGCUACGCGCUACCUCUACAGCGCCGCUCGCAACCCCGAGAGUGAUCGCCCAUUUUGCCUCACUGUUUCCCUGACACAUCCUCAUGAUCCCUACACGAUUCACUCGGAGUAUUGGGAUCGGUAUGAAGGGGAGGAGAUCCCCAUGCCUCAAGUCAGUAUUCCCAAGGAAGAGCAGGACCCUCAUAGCAAGCGGCUUCAACAUGUAUGUGACCUAGAGCGCGACGACAUCACGGAUGAAGCUAUCUCACGUGCUCGGCGGGCGUACUUUGGCGCUGUGAGCUACGUUGAUGACAAUGUGGGCAAGCUACUCAAAGUGUUGAAAGAAUGCAAGAUGGAUGAUAAUACGAUCGUCAUCUUCUCGGCAGAUCAUGGUGACAUGCUUGGGGAACGAGGCUUAUGGUACAAAAUGUCGUGGUUCGAGGGAUCUGCACGAGUACCUCUCUUGAUCUCUUACCCUCAACAAUGGGCACCACGCACCAUUUCUCAAAACGUCUCUACCCUUGACAUCCUGCCGACACUCGCCGAGCUUACGGGUGCCGAAAUCGAUUAUCGUCUUCCACUUGAUGGGAACAGCCUUGUGCCCCAGCUUCAUGGUCAAAGCGGUGUGGAUACUGUCUACGGGGAAUACAUGGGCGAGGGCACCAUUGCACCUCUGAUGAUGAUCAAGCGCGGGCCCUGGAAAUUUGUCACCUGCCCCACGGACCCGCCACAGCUUUUCAACCUGGAGAAGGACCCAAAGGAGCUACAGAAUUUGAUGACUGUCAGGGACAACUUUGAGGUCGAAGCCAUCGCCGAGAAGUUCACCAAGGAAGCUUCUGAACGCUGGAACAUGAAACAGAUCACCGACACUGUGCUCCGUAGUCAGAGGAAGCGGACGGCAUGCUGGAAUGCCCUCACGCAGGGAAGGUUUGAGAGUUGGGACUAUCAGCCAAAGGAGGAUGCUGGUCAACAGUGA